AUGAAGGAAGCCAAGAAUCAGAUCCUGCACGGGAAGCUGAACGUGAACGUGCCGCCUCUACUGACCAGGCACGUCUCCGGUUCGAGGCUUGACCCGGCCAACAUUGUGCCCUUCUCGUGGGAACGGGUCCCGGGCGAGCCCAGGGACUGGGGGAACUCGAGCGGCGAUGACGUGCCGCCGCCCCCGAAACCACCGCCCGUCCGGUGGCGGCCCUCGGUUAGGGUUGAUGAUCUCGAUCUCGAUCUCAAUGGGAGUGGCGGCGGUGGUGAUGGUGAAGAAGACAACGAUGCUAUCGACAUAUUUUCGUUAGCAGAGUCGGUGGAUGACGUGGAAGGGUACUGCAAAGCGACAGAGGACAGAAGCUGGUCGUUGCUGUUGGCGGAAGGAGACGAUUGGUGUUCGCCGAAUUUUAUCAUAGAGAGAUUUUUGCCGGACGCGCAAGCCCUAGCCGAGGAAUCCGUUAUGGACAAGAAACUUCCGUUUUCGGGGUCUCCGUACUCGGAUUCGUCGUUUUCUCGAGCCGUUAGCAUUGGGAGAUCGAGUCACUCGACGAAGGGGUGUGGGUUAGCUAGUUUCUUGCCGUGGAAAAUGCACCCAAAAUCUUGCAAAAUGAAAAGACCGGUUUGUGACACUAUAAUUGGCGCUAAUUUGAAGCAUAAACGGUGGUGA